AUGACCGAACAGCCUCGCAUCCUGCGUCCGCGCCCGAGACGACCAUUCGACCUGACGCCCGCCUCUACGGAGUCAUCCGGACCUCCAACACCGGCCGAGUCAACAGGCACUGAGUACCUGAACCCGCACGCAGACGCGGCGAGCUCAACGAAUGUGAGUCGCACGGGAUCAGUGAUGAACCUGACCUCGUCGACGCUGUACGGGAUCUACUCGCCGACGGCAUUUGACGGGUUCCGCGACGAAUCCAGCCCCUGGGGUACGGAAGCCAACAGUCCGGCGGCAGAGUUCCCGCCCGAGCCGUUACAGCGGCGGAUAGCGCUGCGGAGGACUCGGUCUCGCUUGAGCCAUGGGUUGUUCCGGGGCGUGAUCUUGCCACAGGCAUUAAGCAGUGUGCUGCUCUUUGGCUUUGGUGUUGCUUACGGUGUGAUCACGGUUCAUCUUCAUGAUAACCAUUGGAUUACGCCUGUCAAGCUGGAGAAUAUUCAUUACUACGAUUCAUGGCAGUACUUGAACUUCUGGGGGUUGGCUGGUAUUGCUCUGGGUAAUCUGCUUCCUUGGCUGGAUAGCUGUCGCGAGGGCGAGUCUGAUUCGAAGCUUGCGAGUACCAAUGAUGAGGAGAGCGAGGAUCGCACCCCGUCUUGGGUUACUGUUGCCCGCAGUGUUGGAGCGUUUGUCGGAAUUGCAUUUGCUAUGCGGAGACUCCCUUGGGAAUCUACCACGCAAGCAUCGUUGACCCUCGCACUCGCGAACCCCGUUCUCUGGUACCUGAUUGACCGCACCACAACCGGCUUCGUCCUCUCGACCACCAUUGGCUUGGCCGGCAUGGGGGUGGUUCUUGGCCUCAAGCCAGAGCUUGUGCCCAUAUCGACUGGGCCGUCAUUCGGCACCACUCUUCUGAAUGGAACAGGACUGGAAAACGUGCUGGGUGCAGGUAUCACACAGGAGAGCAUUGCGGUCGGCACUUGGAUUGCCAGUGUCAUUUUCUGCGCGUGCGUGUGCUUUGGAAAUGUUGGCCGUCAGCUUGCCAUCGGAGCUGGCGUCAGAGAUGUCAUGAAGCCAUGA